CACCUACAAUUCACUGUACGUAAUAUGUGUAGUAGUUAUUCAUUAUUUAAGCAUCGAUUUAAGUUUACCUCUAUGGUGAAACUUGAAUACAUAUAAGAGCCUAAAAAUGGCCUCAUCAGUUUCACCGUUAUGUACCCUUUGUCAGGAUGAUGACAUGUCUAUUGCGGCAUUGACAUGGUGUACAGAUUGUGAAACAUUUCUGUGCUCGGAUUGCGAUAGAUAUCAUGGGAGAAUAAAAUCAACCAAACACCAUAAAAUGUUGUCCAUAGAAGAUUAUUGUCAGCUGCCUAAAUUUAUUCUUCAAACAGGAAAUAGAUGUCGUGAGCAUGAUAAAAAGUAUAAACUCUAUUGCUCAUUCCACGCAUGCGCGUGUUGUUUCCAGUGCUUUACAGAAAGUCAUCCGAACUGCAAAGAAAUAAAACAACUGUCGGAUGUUUUGAAGAAUGUGAAGUCGUCUGCUUCUGUUUCGAGAUUAGAAAGCGAUUUGUCAGAUCUUAAAGAGAAUUUUGAAAACAUAACUAAAAGUUUGCAAGAACGCAUAAAGGUCAUGCAAAACCAGAAGGCGUCUGCAUUAAAAGAAAUAAAGCGUGUACGGAAAACAAUUAAUGAGUAUCUUGACAAACUAGAGCACAAAAUGGUCAAUGACUUAAGCAUUGAACAUUCAAAAGUGGAACAAAAUACCGAUGAAAUGAUCAUCCAAAUUAGAAGCAAAUUGGAACACGUUGUGCAAUUGCAACUGGAUUUUUCAAAAAUGAUCAAAUUUGCAACCGAAAUGCAAACGUACGAAGGGCUUAAAGAAAUGGAAAAAACUUCUACCAACGAAGCCAAGUAUAUCGAAACUUUGAACAAUUCGGGUGGCCUCAACGAUAUAAAUCUAGUGGUAAAUUUUUCACCAGAUUUAUAUGCAGUUCUUCAAGAUGUGAAGUCAAUGGGGAAAAUAUCAAUUACCUCUAAAAAGAGCAAUUUAAAACUAAAAGUUGGUCAAAACAGUCAAGCUCAGCUUUUAUUUCAAAUGAUUAAACCAAUCAAUGAAAUAGAAGCAGUACUGAAAAAAACUUUCAGUUUACCAAAUGAUAUAGGAAGUCUAUGCAUUACAAGUUGUAGCAUAAUAUCAGAAGGUCAACUGGUAUUUGCGGAUCAGAAUAACGAAAGUUUGAUUUUAUGUGACAAAAAUGGCGUGUACGUCAGGAACAUUUUGAAAUUUUCGAGCUAUCCGUCUGAUAUUUGCCACAUCAGAAACAACAUUGUCGCUGCAACGUUACCUGACGCCCAUCAAAUUUUAUUAGUUGAUGUAAAAACAAAUAAAAUAGUUCAAACUGUUAAAGUAAAGUCAAAAUGUUACGGUGUUUAUUGCGAUGGAAAAACAAUUUCGGUUAGACUGCCGGAGGAAAAAUCUGUCGUUAUUCUAAGCAUAGACGGCAAUGUAAAACACACUUUAUCGAUACCGGGAAUAAAUGUAAAACGUUUUUCGACUUUUAACCAGAACCGUUUCUUUAUAAAUUGGAAGGAAAAUGAUGUUCUUUGCUACAACAGCAAUAGCGACUUAAUCUGGAAAUGUAAUGAAAACAUCAGUGAUCCCUCUGGAAUUACAAUUGACAAAAAUGGACUUAUCUAUAUUGCAUGCGACCAAAGCAGCAAAAUCGUAAUCUUUAGUAAUGAUGGCAAAUCGAGUAGACCAUUGUUGUCUUAUGACGACGGAAUCCGCAAUCCCUGGGCACUUGAUGUUGACAGAGAAACUUCAACACUUCUUGUCGCUAAUCGAGAUGGGGCAUCAAUUUUCCUUUACCAACUAUAAAAUACUAAAAUUGUUAGAUCAGUU